AUGUUACUUAUUAUGGGUCGUCUCAAUGAAUACCAGAUUAUUGGCCGAAGACUUCCAAGCGAGUCUGAGCCUGAGCCAAAGCUCUACCGCAUGAGAAUCUUUGCUCCCAACACUGUUGUUGCCAAGUCUAGAUUCUGGUACUUCUUGACCAAGCUCAGAAGAAUUAAGAAGGCUGCUGGUGAGAUUGUUUCCGUCAACUUGAUUCAUGAGAAGACUCCUACCAAAGUCAAGAACUUUGGUAUCUGGAUUCGUUACGAUUCUCGUUCCGGUACUCACAACAUGUACAAGGAGUACCGUGAGCUUUCUCGCGCUGCCGCUGUUGAGGCCCUUUACCAAGAUUUGGCUGCUCGUCACAGAGCUAGAUUUAGAUCUAUCCACAUUCUUAAGGUUGCUGAGAUUGAGAAUCCCGAAGAUGUCAAGCGUCAAUACAUUAGACAGCUCAUCACUCCUGACCUUAAGUUUCCUCUUACUCACCGUGUCACCAAGGAGGCUGAGCUCUUUGUUGCCAAGAGACCCUCUACUUUUAACUAA